UUUUCUCUCUUUGUAUCCAUUCUGAGUUUUUUCAUAUAUUAUAAUUAUUUAUAUAUAAUAUAAAAAAAUGGGUAGCUUAAAUUUAUCACCUGAAUUAAGUUUGGAUUUCAAACCCACUUUUAUCCCAAAAACAAUCAGCCAAUUUCUUGCACAGUUAACCAAAAUCGGUAGCCUUUCUGACAAGGUUUUCAAAGUUGAUGAUUUUAUUUCAAGAUUAGAAACCGAAAUGCGCAAAAUCGAUGCUUUUAAACGGGAACUCCCUCUUUGCAUGCUUCUUAUUAAUGAUGCAAUUGUUGCAUUGAAAGAGGAAUUAAUGGUAUUGAAAAGAUCAUCAAAAAGUGAACCAGUACUUGAAGAAUUUAUACCAUUGAAAAGGACUUGUGAUGAAGAAGUUGAAAUUAGUAGUCAGAAAGAAAAAAGUGGUGUUGGAGAUAAGAAAAAUUGGCUAAGUUCCACUCAGCUUUGGAAUACAAAUGACACAAAUCGAAUUGAAAAUGGGAUCAAAAUGAAUUCAGCUGAGCAAGUGACCAAAAAGAGAGUUGAGGAAAAUGAUGAUUCAUAUAAUAAACUGCUUACAAACCCUGUAAGAGCAUUUAUCCCAUUUAAGGGAUGUUUUGAGUUCCCAUUGAGGGGUGCAAGUAAAGAGGUAGUAGAAAGGGAGGAAUUACAGAUUCCUGCCCUUUCUCUUAAUGCUCCUGGAAUCAAGAAUUGCUUUACCGGAAAUAUUUUACUCGCCAAAACUAGUGAUUCUAGCAAGUUGAUUCCUUGUGCUGCAACAAAUGGUCUAUCAAAUGUACAAACCAGUGCACCUCAGAGUCAGCCACCACACCAACAGGCAUCUAGAAAGCAAAGAAGGUGUUGGUCUACUGAGUUGCAUAGACGAUUUGUUAAUGCCCUGCAACAACUUGGUGGUUCACAAGCCGCAACCCCUAAGCAGAUAAGAGAGCUUAUGCAAGUCGAUGGUCUUACAAAUGACGAAGUGAAAAGCCAUCUGCAAAAAUACAGGCUUCAUACACGAAGACUUCCAUCUAACAACUCAUCUGCAAAUCAAUCUAGUGUGGUUUUGGGAGGAGGGUUGUGGAUGUCUCCACAAGACCAAUACGUUGAAUCCUCAAAGCAUGGACUUUCUCAGUCUGGUUCUCCUGAUGGCCCGCUCCUUAUUGGCACCGCCGGUGGAACCUCCACUACUGGCGGAGAGAGCAUGGAUGAUGGAGAAGAUACCAAGUCCGAAAACUACUGUUGGAAAGGACCUAUGCACACAUCGGGCAACGAUGAUGUAUAAAUCUUAUUUGUUCACAAAUAAUCGGUAAAAUGCAGCGGUUUAAGUUAUAUAGUUGAGGUUAUAUAUAUAAAAAAAUAUAUCUAAAAAUAACAUAUACAUUUAAAAAUGAUGAAAUUUUGCAGGAUUAGUUUUGUUUAUUUGAUUUACAUAUAUUAAAUCUUUUACAGAUUUGAGUUGUUUCCAUAUUCUUGGAUUCUUUGUCCAAUUAGUUUCAUGUGAAGCACAUCUGUAUUUUGUGAUGAGAAACAUGAUCAUUGAAGUAUGCAGAGUAUUUUAUAACA